CUGCUUCAUCCCUUCCUCAAGUUCCUCGGCGAAGAUGUCCGCCUCCUUAACCUGCUCCACAUUACGGCUCCCCAGUUACUGCUCGAGUCAUUUGCUCAGAUACCACCCCUACUCGAUGGUGAAGCGUCCGUGUCUACUAAGAGACCAUAUCCAUCGCCAUGAUGAGGAACAGAGGCUGGAGGUACCUCCGACGGUCAUGUUGCGUCCUACACGCGUUGGUGGAGACGGUUCGGACGAUGACGUCUCGUCACUGGAAUUGGACGAGUCCGACUGCAUUGAGCUUGAUGUCAAACAGUGCUAUGAUCCUGCCAUCGUGCAUCCACCUCUCCCGCUAUCAAAAAUGACUCGUCUAAUCAACUUCAUUGCGCCCUUGGUCGAGGUGAUGUCUGAGGCGACGCACGCCGCGAUCGGUUGGAUGCUGCGUUCCGUGUUUGGGCUCUUGAAAUGGGAGCGCUGGAUGGCGAUACUAAAAGUUUAGUGUCUUGCUGGAUCUCAUCAGGCGGCGUUGUUCGCUUCGGUCAAAAUCUUUGUUUUGUUCUUUGUCUAUUCUCGAUUUGCAUCGCGAUAAAAAGGGAUCUUAUUUGGGUUUGCUCUCAUUGUUUGUCUUUGUUCUUGCAUGCUCUUCCUUCAUCGUAUACCUGCUCUCUGGUGCUCAUACUGUUAUCGUUUGUCUUGUUGUCAUACGUAGAAUCGCUCAUGAGUUGUCGCCGAUACUGUCUAGCUCGUGUAUUAUAGUUUGCCAUCUCGUCUUCUUAUUUGCUACAUCAUAUUUGUGACUGAGUGAGUGCUGCACAUCUUCGAGUCCCCGUGUUCCUUAUUCUGACCUCUUUCGCAUUGAUUUCUUGGAUCGUCUCGCACUUGAGGUCGAAUAUUUACAGCAAAGUCAUGAUCCUUUCCCAUAGCUUGCGUGGUUGGUACGCGUGCUUCUUCAC